AGGACGGGCUUCUCUGAUUGGCUGAUCUCUGCUCACGCAGGAGACAGACGUCCGUCAGGAUUUGAACAGAAUUUGAGUAAGAAAAUAAGCAAAGGUGCUUGGGGUUACGCAAUAUUUGAAGCGCUUGGCUGCAUGGCUAUAUAUAGAGGCAUUUUGGAGUGGAACUUACCGUUUGCACGAUAAGUGGAGCGCCUAUUCACUUCAACAGCAGUGUAUAGGGUCCCGUGGUUAGAGGUAUUUUCGUGAUCCGAUAUUAAUCCUAACCACUGAGGCUAACUAGCAUUAGCGGUUCUUACACGGAAGAUAAACAUACAUUCGGAAUCGUUUUGUUCAACAGUAAACAUUUGGCAUUCGCGGCUGUUUACUGUUUUUGUAACCAUGCUGGAUGUUUUUACAUGUAGUGCCAAUCCGUUUGGCCCACGAGUUCUACCUAGUGCUGUCGUUUGAUGAACUUGCAAGCUAUCGUUAGCUAGCUUCCAGAACUAGCUUUGCUGGAAGAACAACGCAGCAAAGGCAAGCUCAGUUUCAGGUAGCUAGUGCGUUUAUUUUGUAUUGGUUUUAAUAUCGUGUUGGACAAAGAAAGUGUCAAUUCGUACUCACUUUCUUGUCACUUUAUAUAAGAUAUAUACGUUGUUAUGGCGCACACGUCGGGAACAGAUGUGACCAAAGGAUUCGACGGCUCAACAAAGCAAGGCUCAACUGUGGGCAUGCGAAGUCGACCAUGCUCCAGCGAGAGAGAAGCCCAGGUUCGUGCUGUGAAGGCUUCCCUUCAAGAGAAGUUAGGACCAUACGAACGACUGGUGACCUACCUCCAGGCAGUACUGGUGUGGGAAAAACCGAUUCACAGCGUGCUGCUCUUCAUUUUGGUCAAUGUGUUGUUCUGGUUCUUUGCCCUUUCCUCUCUGCGACUUCUGUUUCUGUUGUGUGUGGGCUUAGCUCUGACAGUCUGUGUGGACACAUGGAGGAAUAAGAUCUGGCCAGAAAUCAGAGUCAAAAGACUGGACGAGAGCGAAAGUGAAAGCUGGGGCGUGGUGCAGCCGGGCACUCUGAGCGUGCCGGAGCUGUGCCAGCACAUGGCCGAGCUGUGGGUGGCCUGCGUGUCCUGCUCUGCCGGCCUGGUCAACUUCAAGCGCCGCAGCCCUGGCAAGUUCUGUGUGCUGACCUGUGGAGUUUUCACCUUCUUGGCCAUGGUGGGGCGCUAUAUUCCUGGACUGUUGCUUUCUUACUCAGCAGUGCUGUCAGUGCUGUUGUGUCCGCUGGCUGUGUACCACCGCCUGUGGCAGCGUGUGUGUGUGAGGCUGGAGCCGGCCCUGCAGUGGCUGGACUUCAGUCCCGCAGGCUACAUGAUGUCCAAGCCCCUCGACAACCAGUUCUUGCGCCAGCCCAUCCGUGGUGCAGCUUCUACCGAUGCUGACGACAGUGAGGAGGAGCUGGCGGCUUUCUGUCCCACGUUUGAUGAUGCUGUGGUUGCUAAGGAACUAGCUCUCACCGACUCGGAGCACUCAGAUGCUGAGGUCUCAUACACAGAAAACGGCACCUUCAACCUUUCCAGGGGUCAAACCCCUCUCACAGAGGGCUCUGAAGACCUGGAUCGACACAGCGACGCCGAGGAGUCGUUCGCCUGCGACCUGCCGGACUUCCCCUCCAUCAACCCGGACGCCACCCUCAUGGAGGACGACGAUGACCCCAGCAUAGGGCUGCCCAGUCUGAGCUCGAUGGGCCUGUCGGGCCACCGGGGCUCGGCCCUGCUGGACCUGGACUCGGACCAGGAGGAGGAGGAGCUGGAGGGCGCCCAGCUGUGCCUCAGUGCGCUGCAGCAGGCCUCCACCCAGAUCUCGGGCCAGCUGGCCGGCACCAUCACCUCCAGCCUGCUGCAGGCUGCCCUGGCCAGCCAGGUCCAGGCCCACAUGCAGGCCCAGGCCCAGCCACAGCAGCACCGUCAGGCUGCUUCGUCCAGGCGCAGCGGCAGAGACCCCGCAGCCCAGGGGACCCACCACAGGAGCUACAGGCACCAGUCCAGCUCGGAACUGGACACGGACCUGGACGGGGAGGACUUUGAGAUGCUGGACCAGUCCGAGCUGAGCCAGAUGGAUCCGCUGGGGCCGGACGGGGCCAGAGGAGGGUCGGGGGGCAACAACGCUGGAUUCCUGUCCAACCUGCUGGGGAAGCCUCAGUAAAGCCAGGGGGCCACCCAUCUCCGCUACCUAUCUCUAAAGUGUGUGUGUGUGUGUGUGUGUGUGUCUAUGUGUUGGUUUGAGUCUGAAUGCUGAUAUGACAACGGCUGGCAAUUCUGUGUGUAAUUGCACAAUUGUGUUAGAUCAUGUGAAAGAUAAGAAGAGAGAGUGUGUGUGUGUGUGUGUGUGUGUGUGUGUGUGCCUGCCCGCGUGCGCACAUGUGUUUGUGUCUACUGCACUGUCAGUGUGUUUGACUUUGAUUUCUAGGUCCCAGCAGUCAUGAGUCCUUCUCUGACCGCCUCUAGAGUUAUCACUGUGAAGUAUUUCUCAUCUCUUCAGUUUCCUCCAUUUGGACUUCCUGUUCCCUACCAGGGUCUAUCCCUCCUAUAUCUUGUUUUGUAGGCAGAGCAAUAGAACACAGGAAAUAAAUUAAAAAAAUAUUUUUUAAAAAAAUCUUAAUCAGACAACAUAUGUUUAAAACAGAAACCAUCAAAAGACUAAAGAUAGAAAACCAGAAAUCUUACUCAAACCAGCACAACUGACCAGCUCCCUUUGUCCCAGUAUACAUGUAAGCUGCAGGGAUCUCUUGACCGUGGGAACCCAGUCGGUAAAACCCCAAAGACUGGCCUCUGUGUCCACACGCUGACCAGUAGGGCUCUAACGCAGGACCAAUGGGGCUGUAGUUUCCAGCGCAGCAAGGAGAUGGGAGCAGCACGAUGAUGUCACUGCAGAUGCAACAUGGGAAUUUGUGUUCUGGAGACACUGCCUGUUGCGAGGCUGUUACCCAGCAGCCAAAGCCAGGCUGUAAUGAUGCCUGUAAAGUUGAAUCAUCCUCUUGUUUAUUUCACACUUACAGUAAAUCCAAAGUGACCCGCCAUAUACAAGCGACAUAUUUAUCAGUCUGUGCUCCCUGUGGCUCAGUGGGCUCUCUUAAGGGUGUUGACAAGUAUCUGAUUAUGAAGCUUUUUAGAAAAGAAAGGAUAUGGAGUUUCACACAUAAAGUGUGACUUUCAUAUUAUGAAUGACUUCUGAACUGUAGGCUUGGCACUCAUUCAAAAGAGCUCAGCCACUCUUUCAGGUGAGCCCCAUGCCCCCUGCCGUUGUGUGUUGCUUGUUGGUUGGUACUGCACUAGUGCAUUUGCUGCCUUCAUUUGUCGGUGCCAGAGAGGCCGAAGGGCUGAAGGUACCCAUACCCUUUUCUCUAACUCUCUCUCACACACACAUACACACUUGCUCUCUCUUCAACUGCUGAAAGCAUCCAUAACCUUCUCGCUCACACACACACUCUCACGCUCUCUCCCUUUCCAACUGCUGAAAGCACCCCCCACCCCCCUUUUUCACACACACAAAUACACACACACACACACACACACACACACACUGCAGUGAGAACUUGUUGCUGCAGUGUUUACCUCAGGCACAAAUGACCAUAGAGCUUCACUGUAAGCAUGAGGAUUGUUUUCCAAGGCCUCUGCAUGGUCUUAGUGCUGGCUUGCCUGCCGUCUGCUGUAUUUCUGAAGGUCUUGCCAAAUGUCCAGAAAACCCAACAGGCUGACCUGUUCAUAUCCUACAUCUGAGAACCCUCAAGUCUAGCUGACCAAGAAUGACAUUCAUGUGCUGCUGUUUACUUUUCUAAAGCAUCACAGAACACAUCUGUUCUUGGGUAUUUAGUAUUUGCAAGUUAGUUUGUCAAUCCAUUUUCUUGAUUGUUUUUUUUUUUCUUUCUCCCUUUUAAUUCUCUUUCACACUGUUUCUGCUCUGUCUUCUCCCAGUUCCUGUGUCUGUUUUAGCUACAGUUUGCUCCAACUUCAACGUCAACCCCCUCGUUAAGCUCAUUUUAGACAUUUCUGAUGUGAUGUAUGUAAUGUAGGUGAUGUGAACACAGAUGAUGGUGAGUCAAUGCUGUUUACUCAUUAUUAGCUGUGUUUAUUUCAUGGUGGUCUAUGGCCACUCCCCUGUUGAAGCUCAGUGCCGUUCAAUUAAGACUUGGGGGCUCGAAAUCCCAUCCCUGUAUCGUUUCCAUGGCAACUGUGAACUGCCAGGAUGCAAUAUCAGAUUUCUCACUCUUUCUGCACAUAUACUUUUACUAGACAGGGUGGUUUAAUAAUUACAUAACAUCCCAGCAAAAUAACCUUUAUCUAAAUUGUAAAAUAAAAUGUAGUUAUUUAAAUGUACAUUUUCAGCAAAAGUGAGCCACACCGCCCGCCUCCACCAACCCCCACCAUUCACCCCCUAGACUGACCAUAUGCAGGACAAUAUGAUAGACAUUGAGCUGAAAGGUGACAUUGCUGCAAAUGUUCUGUAUAGUUCAAGUGAGUGAAAAGCCCUUCUAAAAGAAGUUGUUUAAUGAAGGAUGCAAAUAACUGGGGUAUGUACAUUGAACCCGAGAAAUUAGGCUACACGCAGGUGGAAUACUGCUCAGAGAUGGGACAAAAGAAGGCUGGUUUAUACUUUAAAAAGGUCUAUUUUUAUUUGUGCAGUGUUGUAAUUAUAAAGUAAUGUUUGUGAUAAAUCCAGUAUAAUAUAUAGUUUGUGCCGCUGAAGAUCCUCAUCCCAGGAGAGCCUGUCAGAGUGUGCAGUCCAAACUGAAUUGAGGUCUGUCCUGUGAUGGACAGAUACAGAAUGCUAGUCCUGCUUGGUUGACCCCCCUGUGGAACCCUAGUAAGGAGUUUUAGUACUUUGACGAAGAACCAUUCUCUGGCAUGAGUGUAUUUUUCUGUAAACGUGUAUCAGUAAAUACAUGUCCCUCUCUAUCCCUCUGGGUUUUGAUAUGUUUUGAUGUGCAAGUACAUUAAAGAAUUUCUGAUUUAAA